AAGCUAAUCUUGCGACAUUAUCUUAUUUCUUAUUUUAAUGGAAAUCUAGUGAAAACUAGUUAGCUAACGUUACAUAGCCAGAAGUGCGCAUUACGACUUGAGUGUUGGCCGUCAUUUUGCGUAGAUUGUUAUGAUAUUACCUAGUCUAUUAUUAGUUUUUUAUAUUUGCUGUGCGGAAAAAUUGUAUAACCUAAUUUUGCCUAACCUAAUUUUGAUGCAUUUUAGCAUGGCUAACGUUAGCCAGUUUGCCUAAGUACUGACUCAGAAUAUAGGGACAGAGACGAUGAUUUGACAGGUUUACUCUGAAGCCUAGCUAGAGCGUUCAAUUAAAAAUCUAGCUGGCCAGUCUGCAAACGUAAUGUCAAAAUACGUUAAUUACGGGUCAAAACGUUUCGCAGACCAUCUAACUGCGAUCGUUACCUUCUUUUACUCACAGUAACAAUAGAACUGCAAAAAUGUCGCGUGCCUGUUAGCAUGUUUUAAAUUAUUUGUGAGUUUCAAAUCAGUGUUAAUAGUGGACAGUGACUCAGUUGAAAAAGUUGGUAGAUGAACUUCGCAAAGCUACGACAGCCUGAAAAGGACUGUUCGGAAUAUGACUGUGUCAUACCUCAUGGUUCUUUCAGCAGCGUUGAUCCUGAUCAGUCAUGAAACUCUAGUAACUAAGGCCCUACAUCAGAAUCUCAUUGACUGCUGUGGAGGAAGACAUAGAGUGAACAGCUCAUGCUCAAAUGGCACUCAAUGUGAGCCAGGAUGCUAUCAGCGUGUCCUGGAGAACAGCACAGCUGUGUGUUGGCCCUGUGACUUGGCGGUUUCUGAUCUUGAGAACUUCACUGCUUGCAACUACACAUACGUCACAGACAGAACCAAUCGUACAACAAUAACUACAGUCCUACCCAAAAUUGGAGGUCCUGGUGUGGCAGCAUCCCUUUUGUUUGGAACAUUGUUGAUCAGCCUCUUCUUGAUUCUCUCCGUUGCCUCCUUCUUCUACCUCAAACGCUCCAACCGACUUCCAGGUAUCUUCUACCAGCAGAAUAAGGGCUUCAUAUUCCAACCAAGCGAGGCAGCUGUCAUGAUCCCAUCAGCUACAUCUUCAGUUAGGAAACCCAGAUACGUGAGGAGGGAGAGGCCUUCGGCCAACUCCGGACCUAGCGCUGCAACCAUCCCCACCUCCGCCACCACCACUGUCUAUAAUGUGUAGGGAGCGAGGAGGUCUGAGCCAGCCUGCUAGCAGAUGCAAGCGGAGGGGGGCACGUACCGUGAGUCGGUGUGGUUGAAGUCCUGCCCUUCUACUGUGUUGUCAAACAGGACCAUUCACUCAAAAGAAAGGGGUGUCAGCUGUCUGUGUCUGCAGUAUCUGCGGUAGCUCAUUUGCUUAUCUAAAUGUUAAAUAGACAUUUGGUUAUUUAAUUUGUUUUUUUUUAAUGUAAUUUCGGUCAAAAAUUUGACCAAUUAUUUAUUACAUUUGCUAUGUAAAGAAUGGGUGGAGGUGGAUUAGGAAUCUUCAGUAAUGAUAUUGAACUAGUCCAUGCUGUUUUUGAUACUGUAAUUUAGUGAAUCUUCUCUCAGGAGUUUUAAAUUGUAGACUUUUUUCCCUGUAUGUUCUUUGAGCACUGGACCAAACUGAAUGUAUUGUCAUUGUCUUCUUGUACUAAACAAAUGCGCAUAUACAAACACUACAGACGGCUUACCAAGCAGCACACACCAAUAACAUUAACACAUGAUCUGCUGGCUGUGAGAUGUCUUGCAUUACUUAAUUAAACAUGACAAGAUGGAUUGUCAGAACAUGUUUAUGCACCACUGCACAUAAGCUAUUACUUUUAUUCCUUUUUGAUUUGAAGCCUUGUUUUUGAGCUUACAUUUUGAAAUGUGCUGAGACCGAUGAAAAAAGUGAUGUCUGUUUCCAAAUAUUCGUUUUAAAUGUGCACUAAAUUGAAGUUAUUGCUGUGCCAUGUAUGUGAUGUGCUCAAAGAUAUCUCAAAGGAAUAGGGGUGAUUAUUUAAAGACGGGAGGACUUUGGUUAAUUGUCUUUCGUUAGUUAUUGGGAAUGUGGGGAUAUUCUGUGGCCUUUUAGCAGCACCUUGUAUUCAGUCAAGGCUAAUUUUUAUUUUGCUGGAGCACUGGUAAAAUGGUUUUGUUUUGUAAAAUUUAAGGGUGAUUGAGUGAAUUUAUGGAAAGGAUUUUUUAAGUUUGUUUUUUUAGUUAUUUAUGCUGAAAGAACUGUGAAGAUGUUUCAGGACUAGUAUGACUGGUUUUUCUAGUUUUGUAUGUACAGUAUGCAUGAAUCAUCUGAAAUGAUGGUAUUUCAAACAAAACAAGAAAAACUUGUAAAACAGCUUUCUCCCCAGAGUAUUUGUCCUUUGAUCAUUAACUGUUGCAAAGCAAUUUGUAAAAUUGUUACACGUGUACAUACCCUUUUUAUUUGACAAAUAUUGUAUUGUUUUUGUAUCGCAGUAUUUUGUACUAAUGGAUUCAUGUUUUUUUGGUAAUUGAAGUAUGUUUUGAUUCUAAAGUUUCUGUGUAUGGUUUACAAUAAUAAAGCACCUUUCUCUUA